AUAAAAACAAAUACAUGUUGGAAGAACGAUAUAGUCAGAUAAUUCCUUGUAAUUAUUAUUAAAAAAUCUAUGUUGAGACCAACAUUCAAAAGGUUAAAUCAAGAAGACAACAUUGUAAUCUCAUCUGAACCUGACAAAGCCCUCAUAAAAGGUUAGCUAGCUAGCUUUGACUCACGGGGGACUCCACGAAAAACGCCAGUUUGAUGCUUCUAAAAUACACACCGGACACACGCGUCCAGUUUAAAAACUAGAUGCAAUGGAUUCUACUGAUGAUGAAUUUACAUUGUCUUUGCUGGAAAAGAGAAACAGUGUGAAGAAGGAAACAUCAGAAGGAGAGGAAAAAUGGUCUAAAGAACGUAAUGUUUUUGAAUUGCAACUGACACAACUACAAGAACAGCUUGUAGCUUCAAUGGUGCAAAACCAACAUUUGGAGGAAGAAAAUAAGAAACUCAGGAAAUCAAAAGACGUCGAUGUAAAUAAAGAAUUAGAAGAAGAAAAAGAGAGAAGAAAAGUUGUUGAAGCACGUCUACAAAGGCUGCUUGCCCGCAAAAAACGAAGAAACUCAGAUACCAGCCACAAAUCCUCUGAACACGAUUUUGAUGACCUAAGUACUGAACUGGGAGAAUCAUUAGAAAGUGAGAAAGCUCCUACUUCAGUUCCACCAGUUGGUAAAAGAAAGCAAGUAAAGAGAAAGUUUUUGGAAUGCAAAAUCUUACUAUGGAAUUUUUUUCACGAAAGAAUUUCAGACUUCAUAAAUGACGAGGACGCGAUAAAGCAGGAUGAGGAAGAAGAGCAAUUAUCAGUACGCAGAUUAAAACAAAAUGUUGCAAGAUUUUCUGACGCGAUACAACCUCUUAAAACAGGUUAUCAAACUUUAUAUGAUCUCUUCUCGUGGAAGAAUCCAUGGUUGACUGUGAUGGUUUUUCUUGUGUAUGUAUAUUCGAUCUGGUUGGAAAUGUUUCUUCCGCUUUGUUUGAUGUUGGUGAUUUUGCAACUAUCAAUAAAUUACUUACACGCCAGAGGAAUCGCGCAGAAAUUCACGCAUACCAAAGACUCGGAAGAUGAAGGAAAAGACGAUCAGAACCAAAGCUCAUUGAGUGAGAGGUACCAACUCGUGCUGCAAAUAGCAAGAAAAGUUCAAAACACACUCGGUCGUUUGGCCGACGGUUUAGAAAAAUGUCAAAAUUUGUUGCUGUGCCAGCACAAGGAAGCAACACGAAAGAUAUUUCAAAUGACGUUCAGCAUGUUCAUUGUCUCCAUCUUACUUCCAACAAAUGUCUUUCUCAUGGUCGUCGGAUUGGUGGUUGGUGUUAAGUUAUUUGUAAUUACUCCUAUUUAUUCAAGAUUUCCAAAGGUUCAACGUCGUUAUGAUGAUUUUCAACGGAUUUGGAUAGAUCUGCCGAAUCAUGCUGAAAACUUACAAAGAAAAUUCGAAGAGUGCGAAACUAACGAAAGCAGAGAAAACUCACCACAGCCCGAACCCAAACCCUCCUCCUCUUCGUCCAGUAAGUCAUCAGCUACUAGUUCGGCUGUUGUUGCCACUGACGACGCAGAUGGUGGUAAAAAAGAAGACAAUGCAUCAUGGAAUGUUAUUAUUUUCUGUGACCGGUUUCAAUUACCGCGAAAUGAAUAUCCACUUCAUGAUUGGGUGGAGGGACGAAGGUGCACAUUAAUGGAUAAAGACAGCCCUCUUUCAAGUAUGAAACAUGGUCGACUUUAUUUGACACCAAAUUUCCUGUGUUUUGAGAGAAAUCAAUUCCACAGUAAAAAGAACAUCGCGAUCCAGUUGGAAGAAAUUAUCGAUCUGAAAAAGGCAAAACCAAUAUCGUUUAUGCCAGGUCCUGGAAUGGCAAUUGAAGUGUAUAUUAAGGAACGGGUCAAGCCACACAUGUUCGCAGCCAUGAUGGGCAGAGACGAGGCGUAUGAUAGCAUAAUUCGCGCUGGUAGGCUUCUCAAUCUGUCGUGGAGCAAAAAAUAAUAUCUACAGUGGCAUGGUGUUUACUUCUUAUAACAAUAGAUGUUCAAUCGUGCGUCUCCUAGAACGAAAUUUAAGAAGAGACUGAAGAGACAGCCAGCUGAAAGUCAACAUAUUAAACGAUAAAGUACAGUGCUUUCUUAUGACAAAAUAUUCACGCUUCUUGAUGCGACAUUUUGCGAUGAGAAAAUCUUAUAGACAUAACUUCAAUAAAAAUAUAUAAAAGCACAA